AUGGAAGCGAACAGCACUACCUAUGAUGAAACUCCCAUACUGGGUGCGAAAGCCAUCUUCCAAAACACUACCCCCUCUCUUGUGUUACUUGUCAUUGUACCCAUCGUCACGUUUUGGCUGUGGUCUAUCGCAUCAUAUGUGUUCUCGCCAUUGAGGAAGUACCCUGGGCCGUUUCUUGCAAUUUCCACAGGCGACUCACAUCUCGUCCUUGAAAAAUUGCACAAAAAAUAUGGACCAAUCGUGCGCAUCACUCCCAGCAUUAUUGACGUUGAUAUCCCCGAGAUUAUCAAGUCCAUCUUCAAUACCAAGGAUGACUGGUUGAAGACACCUUUCUACCAUGGCAGUAGCGCUCUCGUGAAUGGUCAGAUAGUGCUCAACCUCUUCAGCCAAACCGAUCCUGUCAAGCACAGAAAGGAACGAAAGCCCAUCGCGAAGUUCUAUUCCACUGCUGGUGUAACCACCCUUGAACCUCACAUCGACAAGGUCAUCGACCAGCUUUGCCGGCAGUUGGAGCAGAGAUUCAUGGAUGGGAACAACUUCGGAAAAGUCUGCGACAUCGGUCAAUGGAUUUUAUUCUAUACAUGGGACGUUGUUGGCGCCGUAACUUUCUCUCAACCUAUUGGCUAUCUCGAGAAUGGAUAUGACUUUGAUGGUUCUCUUCACAAUGCUGACAAGGCAUUGGACUACUUCUCUGUUGUGGGUACAAUGCCAUUCCUGGAUCGAAUUCUAGACAAGAACCCAAUUUGUCAUAUUGGGCCUCCCGGUUUCAAUACAAUUACCGGUAUCUCAGUCAAGCAUUUGGUGGACAGGUACCAAAGGAACGACAAGGACUACCACGACCCGGAACAACCCGACUUUUUGGAUAAAUUCAUCGAGGUCAAGAUUGCGAACCCUGAAGAGGCGGAUGAUGCCCAAAUUAUCUCAUGGCUGAUGGUCAACAUGAUCGCUGGAGCCGAUACAACGGCCAUCACCAUCCGCAGUGCUCUCUACUUUGGGCUCAAGCACCCACAAUGCUGGCAGCGUCUCACUGACGAGAUCCUGGCGGCCGGUUUUGGAGAUAAAGUACCCGCUUACAAACAUGUCAAGCCUUUGCCGUACACAGAUGCUCUCAUUCGAGAAGCUCUCCGGAUGCUGCCCGGCGUUGCAAUGACGAUGGAACGUUAUGUCCCCAAGGAAGGCUUUACUCUGCCCAACGGCGACUUUAUCCCCGGAGGUACAAUCCUGGGAAUGAAUCCGUAUAUCUUGGCCCGUAACAAAUCAGUCUAUGGCGAGGAUGCUGCAGUGUUCCGUCCUGAGCGCUGGCUACAAAGUGAUGAAGAGGACAAACAAGAUUACCAGAAGCGUUUGCUCAUGAUGAACGAAGCAGACUUGUCGUUCGGAGGAGGUAGCCGUAUCUGUAUCGGAAAGAAUAUGGGUCUUUUCCAAACUUACAAGGUCCUUGCUAGGUUGAUAACUUUGUAUGAGAUUGAGUUGGCGGAUCCUCAGAAGGAGUGGAAGGUGAUUAAUAGCUGGUUUCCUCGGCAGGAAGGACUGAAGGUUCGACUUCACAAGAGGGUUGGGUAA